AUGCAUGAUGAGAGUGAGAUUGAUUUAUAUGAAGGCUUAGAUGAUGAGCUUUUGAGUCACCCAAAAGAAGAAACUUGCAGCAAAAAAUAUUUAGAGCAAAUUAAAGUUGAGCUUGAGAAAGAAUAUAAAGAGAAAUUUGAGGUUUUAGAAAAGGAAAACGAAAAUUUAAGGACAUCUAAUAAGAGACUCAAUAUUAAUAUGUCAAUACUUUUAGAAACGUCAAGAGCUGAGGUUGGCAGUCAUGGGGGAAAAUACGAAAAGUUGCCUCAUUCGGAACAGCGAAUAAAACUUGAUACAAAACGCGAUGCUGAUAAAUAUAGAAAUCGAUCACGAAGCUCUGAAUUUUAUAGAAAUUCUCGGGAUAGAUCGAAAAGUAGAACAAAAGAACAGAAAAAUUAUGAAUCUAAGAAUCGGAAAAAUGAUUCCAAAAGUUCUCAUAAAAGACAUCGAAGUCGUUCUCCUGCAAGUCAUAGAGAAAUAGAAUCAAAACACAUCAAACGUCAUAAGACAAGCGAAUCAACUUCAAAUAGACAAAAAGAUCGAAAUAGUAAAAUACUGGAAAAUGUCACGACCAGUACAGAUCUAAGACAUGUAAUAUUGAAGAAAAAAGAAUUAAAUAAUUUUAGAGCAGUUAUUGAAAAAGUGUCUAUAAGUAACGAUAACGCUUCUGUUAAAAGUUCCGGCAUGGAAACUUCAGAGGUGUCAAUAAUUCCAGAUAUUUCUAAGUCUUCUGAAGAGCUAAUAAAUGCGAACAAAAAUAUUCAAAAAGAGAUUUCAGUGCCAAUUAAAGCAUGUGAAGAUAAAAAGUUAGAAAAUAUAUUGACCGAGGGCAAAGAACUAUCUGAGAAUCAAAAAGAAAGUCAAUUGUGUAUGACAGUAACAUCUUUGAGUGUACCAACAACAUCGCUUGUUGAACCAACUCAAGACAAGACAGAGACGUUAUCGGAAUCAUCUGUCAACUCAAGUGAAAAUAAAACCGAAGAAAUUGUUGAAACUGUUAAAGUUCCAUCCCCAACAGAAUCACUCAUGAUAAGUGAGGAAGUUGUUAAGAAUUUAAAAAGUUUGUUACCAAAAAUAUCUCCCGAAAGAAAAGUAGAGAACGAAAGCAAGUCAUUAAUUGAGCCAAUAAAAUCUACGAGUGCUCUGAAGGAACUAGAAAUUAAAUCACCUCAAGACACAGCAAAGAAAAUAUCAGAGACUGCACAGAACUUAAAUGCAGGGAAAACUGAAGAAAAAGUGGAAAUUUUGUGUACAAAAAAGAAGCACAAGAAAAAAGUGAAAAAUCAUUUAGAUGAUGAGAAAAAAUCAUCAAGUGAACCAAAUUCAUCUUCAAAUGUUUUGGAAUCGCCAGCAGUUAUUCCAGAUCAAAAGGAAGUAUCUAAAUUUGCAGUCAACAUAAAUGAAAAUGAAACCAACAAAGUUGUUAAAGUUUUGUCACCAAAAAAAUCACCCAAGAAGAAAGCAAAGAAACAAUUGAACGAAGAAAACCAAACUGAUGAUGGAACAAUUUCCAAACCAAUUGACAUUGUGAAGCAUUCAGAACUUCCAUCGAGCAUGUCACGAAAAGAGAAAAAUGUUGAACAUCAAAUCGCUGAUACAGCUGAAACUAAAAUUUCAAACUCUUCAAUGAAGAAAGUUGACAAUGAAGCUAAAACAGACGAAUCAACAAUUCUUCCUCUAUCUAGUGAAGAGUCAUUCAAGACAUCUGUUAAAGUGAUGGAAACUUGUGUCGUGACUGAAGAAGUUGUGAUUGAAACCUCCGAUUUCAAUUUAAAUGAAUGUUCAGCAAUGAAAGAUUCUGAAGAAAUUAAAUUCAAUGAAUCGUUAAAUUCAUCUCGCGAAUCGAAAGAAAAUUCCAUCAACUUGUCUCAAACUAAUGUCAAGAAAAGCAAACAUAAACGUCGAAGCUAUCAAAAGGAAGUGACUGAAGAUGGAACAUGCAUUGUCACAAUCUCUCGACCAUUGAAAAGAAAGAAAAAAGAUAAAAUUGUGAAGUAG